CUCAAGUAUCCUCAAAUGUUUCCUAGAGAACCCUAACUACAACUUACCCACCGUCUCUCAUCCUCUUCGGGAGUGGCAUCCCCAUCAGACUCAAACAAACGCCACGGCUUCUGGAUCACCGUGGACGAACCACAAUUCCAUUGCCCUGGUGGCCCCGCGCCGAAGAACGGAGCUGGAUCUUUCCUAGCCGUAUCAUUCCACUCCCAACAUUGACGGGUUACGGGACUGUACUCUCUUUAAAAACUAGGCUCCUGUGCCUCUGGUAGAAUCGAAGAGUCUGAGACUGACUGACCACUCACUGCGCGAAAUUGUGCUGCUGAACACCUACUAGAGCUUGAGCCGUGUGGAUCCCCGCUUUCUCGACAAUUCGUACCUCUGCCGUCAUCGUCCCAAUGGUGGUCUUCGUUGACUACGACCACGACGCAUUCAACGGGCAUCAGUUUCCCGGCGUCACCGAUACUUUUCUGCGUUCUCGCUUAGAGCCUCCAAAAUCGGCCUUAUCCGAUUUCCUGGCAGUCACUGCUGAUAAAUCGCGUCUCGAGACAAAGGUGCCAGCGGCCCGCGCCGAUUUUGCCGAUUCAUCGCUCAAUUCCGCAACUGAAUCUGAGGAAGAACAAUAUGCCCCAAAUCGGAACGCUUUUUCGGCCGCUCUGAGCUGUUAUCCGAUCAUCAAGGAAAUCGCUCGAGCAGUCGAUCUCAACACAUUGCAUGCCCUCUCCCGAACGUGUCGUCAGUUUCACGCAAAUCUGGCUCCGUAUCGUUCGCAGUUGAUCAAACAAACCUUGCGCUGCGAGAAUGAGUACAUCGAGACCGUUUCGGACAUGCUCGACAGCGGAGCAGCGAUUCCCGACAGCGUCAAGUCUGUGCUGCAGCUUUUGAGUCAGAAUGCCAGAGCAUCGGGCCGGAUCACCACUGGCAAGGUUGCCAAAUGUGCUCGGGACAUGGUUGCGGAGUGCCGUCGAUGUUCCAAGGUGGUGUGUCGGAACUGCACCAUCAAGCCUCCGUCGAGCAGCAUGUACAAGAACCGCAUUCGUCGACUCUGCACCACCUGUCGCACAGCGCCAUUAACCGACUUAGUCGAUCCACUGCCCUCUUUAUCUCAUACCGUGGCGGAUCACAGAUCAUCACAGCCCAACCGAACAACAACAAUAACAGCCAUUGCCUUUCAACGUACUCCAUGCAACUGCUAUGAAGCAAUCUGGCUUUGUCAUCAAUGCGGCCACCGUGUCCGUAGCAAUGACACCACAUACCGUCGUGUGUGGACCUGGCGUACCCGUUACAGCACUUAUCUUGGCGGUCUAGGCACGGGGAUCGGCGAAGGCUGUCAGGGAGUGAAGUGUGGGCGAGGGGAGCAGUGUCUUGCGGCCAACGAAAUUGAACUCGAGGUCGAGUGCGAAGUGGACGAGGCGUCCGGGGGUAGCCCUCCAGACUACAGCCAGUACUACGAGCACCGACAUCAUGCGUCUAGCCCUUCUAGACACACCACCAUCGAGAGUUGGGACCAUCGCGAGGAGGACGAGCCGGGCUAUUUCCGGCAGGAGAUUAUUGGAAUUGGAGGGAGGGUGAAGCAGAAGGCAAAGAAGCGGAUUGUCGUAGGAGCCUGUGUGGUGGAGCAUGAAGACGAGAGAGAGAGUGGAGAGUAUCUCACGCGGGAGGAGAAGGGCGAGCAUCGUAGUUGGUGUGGGUGGUGUUGGAGAGUGAUCCCGGCGAAAGGGGAGGAGGUGCAAUAGUCCUAGGCUCUGUAUUCGCUGAGGCAAGUUUAUUGCUAAUGCAGGUAGAUCAACCAAAAUGAAC